AUGGCUCAUAUCGAUUCAGAUUCGAAGAAGCACGUCACUACAUUGCCUUGCCUUGCCAGCAGAUGCUGGUUGCUAUCGCUCGCUCACGCGGCGUUAGCUAUUAAAUCUCAAUCCUCUCCUCAGCAUCGCGCUGCUGGACAGUAUGGCGCUGCAGCGCCCAGCAGAGCUCGUGACGAGCGAAGCCGUUCACCUCGCACUCAGCCUGCUGCACCAUUCGAGAGCCGCGCUUCUCCCGUCGCUGCUGCGUCGUCAACAUGGGCGUGGGACGACAAGCUCACGCGCUUCGUGGAUAAGUCUGGCAACAAUCCCACUCUAGACUCUGAUCUUGAUUUCGACAUGAUGGAUCCAGGAGCGAGCAGCGCCAACUACGUGGUUGCGUCCCGUCAAGAUGAUGCCUCACUGCUCCAUCAUUCCGACUCAGCCAUGAAGUCUGAGGAUGUGAAUGAGCAACUGGAUCGGCCAGAGCGAUCUGCUGCUGCGGAGUCAGUCUUCGGGCAUCCGCCAGAACUGGACACCGAAAUGGCACGCUGCGACGACGACGAUCCCAGUGCACCCGAGAAUGCCGAUGUUGACAAUGGUGACGACUUUGCAGGUGCCGACUCCGACAGCUCUGAAGGUUUCAUCGACGAAGUUCCAGACUUGUUGAAGGCCAGGAGGCUCGCGGAAGAGAGCGAACGUUUCACAGCACGUCUACAAGAGCGGUUCCCGGUGAAGCAAGAACAGGCCCGCAAGGAGAUCGAAUCGCUCGAAUCAGAGCUUGGUGACCCGUUCUCACAGGCGUACGCCAGCAUUCUCAGGAUCGCCAGAGAGCAGGCGUCUCUGGAUAGCAGCCAUCAACAACACGCAUACACCUUCCCGCUGGUGCCAGUGCCGUGUGACCCUAUGCAUCCGGCGACGACACCGCCGCUACCAGGACUGGCAUGGGACUAUCUGAAGUCGAUUGCACCAAAGAAGUCCAGCAGCACUGAUCACACAGAUCACUGGUGUAGCGAGAAUGUGAUUGUCAACUUGGUCGGCAUUGAUUCGGACAAGCAUGCACCCGGCAGCUUCUUCUGCAAGCCAUGCGACAUCCGGUACUGGGUCGAUGGUAAUGAACUGGACCUCGAUGAGAGCCUUCGACGCCUCAGUCAAGACCUGACGCACGUCAAAGCCAACGGAUGGUCUUGUACAGACGAUGCGAAUAUCGGACAGUUCGUGACGUUGGAUGGGGCAAGGAAGGGUACCACACGAGCUGUCGUGCCCGUCUGUCACGCUUUCCACUGGUUUGUCGUGGUCGGUGACCCAGAUCUGGAAUCACCAAAAGGUCAACGUGUUGGCACCAUCACCAUUCUGAACUCGAUGGACGGCCGGGCAUCCCAAGUCAACAAGAGACUGGCCAAGCCACUGAUGCAACUGCUUGAAGAGUGUCCGGACUUUGCCUGGGAGCAAGACGAUUGGAUUUUCGCACGAAGGCUUCACUUCCCGGUGACGACAUCAGAGCCGCGCUAG